CGCCACCGACCCACCCAGUCUCCCCCACAAACUGCAUCUUCCCAUCCCCGGAAACACGCCACCUAGAUAAGACCUCAGGCACGAGUCAGCUCUCAAGCAACCCCCUCCUACGUCGAGGUCAGCCAAUCAGUAUCAGCAUGCUUGCUUCGACGAUCGCGGGACGUGCCGCCGUAAGGGCUUCGCGCCAAGGCCAGCGGACGGUGGCUGCCAAGCUCACCAGCGGCGCCAUCACCGCAGCGUCCCCUUGCUCCAACCUCCGCUCCCCGCUCCCGGGGGCCUACCGAGAGACCAAGGAGUUAUGGCACAAUGACAAAGCAGCAGAUGCGCCUGCGGAUGUUGUUGAGACCGUCAAGAACGAGGCGGAGCUGACGAAACUGCUGGCUUCGGAUGGUCUCGUCGUGGUCAAGUUCCACGCCAUCCUGUGCGACGCUUCGAGGGCGGUGGAGGGGAGGUUCAGGCAGACCGCGGCUGAGUUUGGCGACAUAGACGGCAAGCAGGUCACCUUCGCUGACGUGUGCUUCGACAGCAACCGGCAGCUGUGCAACAAGAUGGGGAUCAAGUCGGUUCCCCACGUGCAGAUCUUUUCUGGCUCCAAGGGCAAGAUUGCGGACUUCAGCAUCGCCCCGCUGCAGUACAACACCUUGACUUCCCUGCUCAGUGAGCGGCGGGAGUCGGUGGCUGCCGGGGGACAGCUGUAACAUUCGGGGCAAAUUCCUGGAAAGCUUCCAUCGAUGCCGUGGUGGUGGCUGUGGCUGCUCCGCUGCAGUCCACAGCCAAUCAUCUUCUCGUAGACUUCUUACUACUCUUAGAUUUAUUUGUUUCAUGACGUCAUGUGAUGUGAUCGUAUAGCACUCGACAUGUUACGUCGGGGAUACGUGGAAGUUUUUUUGGAAUUUCGACGGCAAGCAAGCUACUGUGGCAAGUCGACCGAAAGAGCGCUCUGCGGUUGGUGGGCCACUUGCCAGCAAAGGUGGUAAAUGGGUGUGGGGCGGUAAGGAAAGGGACGGGUCGGGGAUAGAGGCCCCGAUGGGGAAACGAGCCGAUCGAUGUGGAGUUUUCCGGGCAUGACAGCCGAACAACUACGGCAAUAGCCGUGCCCGAAACGAACAACAUUCGAGGAAUCGUCUGGCGUUUGUGGUAGGGUGAUACAAAACUACCUGUUAAGAUGGUGUGCAUGCGUGAGGGGUUUAUCGGCAAGAGGCGUUUCCUUUCUGCGAGAUUGUCGCGGGGGGGGGGGGGGG